GUGUGUGCCUAAUCAGACUGAGAUGCUGUAGAGAGGUGGCAGCCUCCCUGCCUGACAGUCACCUCCACACUCCCCCUCCCUGCCUCUCCGAAAAGGAAAAGAAAAGCCUGGAGGUAGCAAUGCUGUGAUCCAGACCAGACCCGAGAAACAGCAUAAUGGGAUGGUAGAGUGGGAUAUUGAGGACGUGCCUGGAGUGUGAUACUUUGGGUGUCACUGCCAUCAGAAUGCGUUGGAUCAGAACAGGUCAUGAUAUCAAUGGAGCUCUUGAACCAUCAAAUAUUGACACCAGCAUCCUGGAAGAAUACAUUGGCAAGGAAGACUCACCAGAUAUCUCUGAUUUGGACUCCAUCACUGACAUCUCAGCCUCAGCUGGCUACCCUCAUGCUCAGCCUUCCAGCUCUGCCAGUGUGAAUGCAUCUCUCUCCAGUGCUGGUCAUGUGACUAAUGCUAUAACCAGUGGUACCCUCCAUCAUGCUCCCCCAAACACCCAAAUCCCAAUCCGACACAGUCUUCAUCAUGGCCCUCCAAGCACACAAGUUCCAAUCCGACAUGGUCCCCCUUUGCCUAAUCCAUGUGGACCCAGCUAUAGUGCUCACCUCAACUGCAAUAACAACAGUGGCAUGGUGGUGCCCAAGGGCUACCUCGGUGGACACUGCCUGAACAACAUUCCCCCACCAAUCAAAUCAGAGCUCAAGGCCUCCUACGCACCUGGCACUUUACCGGACUCUCCCCCGGACUCUGGAUCAGAAGCAUACUCCCCCCAGCAGGUGAAUGAUCCUCACCUCCUUCGAACUAUGACUCCUGAGAACAUGUGUCACAUGACUCCACCUUCGCGGCUGGAGCACCCGCCACCUCCACCACCACCUCCUCCACUCCCUCCACCAUCCCAUCUCCAGGGACCACCACCUCCACCGCCACCACCUCACCCACACCAGCAACAACACAACCAUCACUAUCCCAGCAUGCAGCGGGACAUGUACAUGAAGGCAGAACCUCUUCUGCCACAGUUCACCAUUGGACAGGGCAUCUCACCUGGGGAUCUUCACCACGCACAACAGUCACAGAUGCUUCACCAGCUACUGCAGCAACAUGGAGCAGAUCCCCACAGCCUUCCAGUGCACCCUGCCAAGAAGAGGAAACACUCAGAGUCACCCCCAAAUACUCUCAAUUCCCAGAUGCUCAAUGGGAUGAUAAAGCAGGAGCCAGGUACAGGGUCUGUGCCACUCAACCCUGACCGAGUCCAAACUCCUCCUUGGCACCAGCAGGGGCCACUUUCACCAGGUAUGAUCCAAGACAAUGACAGCUUGAAUGGCUCCUACUUGGAUCCCAACUACCAGUCUAUAAAAUGGCAGCCACAUCAACAGAACAAGUGGGCAACUCUGUAUGAUGUCAACUACAAGGAGCUACCAAUGCCCACAUACCGGGUAGAUGCAGAUAAAGGCUUCAACUUCUCUGUGGGUGAUGAUGCUUUUGUGUGCCAAAAGAAGAAUCAUUUCCAGGUCACUGUCUACAUUGGCAUGAUUGGAGACCCUAAGUAUGUCAAGACUCCCGAAGGCCUGAAGCCAUUAGAAUGCUUCUACCUGAAACUUCAUGGCGUGAAGCUGGAGGCCUUGAAUCAGUCUAUCAACAUAGAACAGUCACAGUCUGAUCGCAGCAAACGGCCCUUUAAUCCUGUCAUGGUCAAUUUACCUUCAGAGCAGGUUACAAAGGUCACUGUGGGGCGACUUCACUUCAGUGAGACCACAGCAAACAACAUGAGGAAGAAAGGCAAGCCGAAUCCUGAUCAGAGGUACUUCAUGCUGGUUGUGGCCUUGCAAGCUCAUGCCCAGAACCAGAACUACACUCUGGCAGCUCACAUCUCUGAGCGCAUCAUUGUUAGACAAAGGGCCGGUUCGGGGGUAAAACACAAACAGAGGGCGGACGGGGACCCCGGAGUCUGCAAACAAGCCUCUAAUCCAGGUCAGUUUGAGAGUGACAGCGAUGUUCUUUGGCAGCGUGCUCAGCUCCCUGACACUGUCUUUCACCACGGCCGAGUUGGCAUCAACACUGACCGCCCUGAUGAAGCCUUGGUUGUCCACGGCAAUGUGAAAGUCAUGGGAUCUCUUAUGCAUCCAUCGGACGUCCGAGUAAAGGAUGACAUCCAGGAGGUGGACACCACAGAGCAGCUGAAGAGGAUAUCCAAGAUGCGAUUGGUGCACUAUAAUUACAAGCCAGAGUUUGCUGCCACUGUGGGCCUGGAGAACACUUUUGAAACAGGUGUCAUUGCUCAGGAGGUGAGAGAGAUUCUUCCAGAAGCAGUGAAAGAUUCUGGAGAUAUGGUUUUUAGCAGUGGGAAGACCAUAGAGAAUUUCCUAGUGGUGAAUAAGGAGCGUAUUUUUAUGGAAAACGUUGGGGCGGUGAAGGAACUUUGCAAACUGACGGACAACCUGGAAAACCGGAUUGAUGAGCUGGAGCGCUGGAGUCACAAGCUGGCCAAGCUCAAACGACUGGACAGUAUGAAAUCAACUGUAAGCUCUGGAGCAUUCAGUCAAGCAGGAAGUCAGUUCAGCCGUGCUGGAAGCAUGCCACACAAGAAAAGACCCCCAAAAAUGGCCAGCAAGACCCCGUCUGUUGUCACAGAUCAAGCUUGUAUCAGCCAAAGGUUCCUUCAGGGUACCAUCAUUGCCUUGGUGAUCAUCAUGGCUUUCAGUGUGGUGUCCAUGUCUACCCUUUAUGUGCUAAGCUACCGCAAUGAGGAGGACUUGGUAGAUAUAGAGGGUUCUUUUGCUGUGCCUACAAGUUGCCUUCUGGCUCUCUUUCAGCACAGAGGUCCGGGCAUCCCAAUAGCUCUCUGUCCACGGACCAAUGACAACAUUGAUAAGAAUCAAAUCAUGUUUUCCACUGUGGCCUCCUCGAACACACCAGAAGAUGCACGCCCUUCACAGCAUGCCACAACACAUGUGCCUGAUUCUGCAUAUGGAUUGUCUGCUCAUAGUAUAGCUGUGUGCUUGAACCCACCUUGUUUCUCUGUUUGCUGUUCUUCUGUCCCCAACAAUAUGUCUUCUGCUGCAGUUUCUGAUGCUACCACCACAGUCACCGCCAACCGGACAGACCAAAGCCUUUUGUCACUCUUACCAGUGACCAAUAUCAAAGCCAAAUCCAGGGGAGUCACGGGCAAAGUGGCUUCUCAUACAAAGUGGCCAAAGACUUCAGAGCGAUCACGGGGCUUUGGCAGCCCCAAUGCCAGCCCAUCCUCCCCCUUUUCCCACAUCCAGGGCAAAUCCAAAUACAUUUCCAAUCUUCCUAUAUCAUAUAAUAACUUUCCUCCUGGAGAGUCACGACAGCGACGUGGCAUCAGCCAACCCGGCCCAGAGGGUUCUAGCACAGGAAGCACUAACCAAAAUGCUCCUCUUCUUCAAACCAUAGCACUUGUGGAGAGUAAUGUGGCCUUUGAACCCCAGGCCUGUGCUCCUGGUGUUGAAUGCAGGACAGGAAACAUCACUUAUCGCAUCCCCAUCAGCAAGUUUACCCCUGUGAACACAAACCUGACUCUGGAGAUGAAUACUUCUUUGGCUGUGUCUGCCUAUUUUUGCAGUCUUGUGUCCACCAACCCAUGUCAGGAUAGUGUUGUGAACACAGACAACUUCUCUGAUGCAGCAGACACCCAGACUGCAACAACCUACAGAUGGCCUGUGACAAUGCUGCCUUUCCAAGAGUUUACCUACCAUUUUCGAUUCACUAGCCCUGGCCAAGCAAACUGCAGUACUGAUGUGGAGCAGAGGGGUUUCCUCUUUACUGACUAUUACUUCCAGUUCUACUGGCUCUGUGAGUGAGUCUCAGGAGAACCACUGUUAUUUCACAGGAACGGAAAUGAGCCCACAAGACUCAUUGAACUGGAUGUUCCCUUCUAUGGACCCAAGCCCUAUCUUGUUGCUUCUGAUCUGUAAGCCAUUCCCUCUUGAGCUGGUUUGGUUCUUCUUUCAAGUGGUGGAAUGGUGGCAUUAAAAUGUCGUGCAACUUGGGGAGGAAUACGACCGCUAGGAAAACGCUGAAAGGCAGUUUCUUUUUGCUUGUUAUAGAAAAACGGCAUCUCUCUUCCCCCCCUCUUUAUUACACUGGAUUUGAAACAUUUACACUGGAUCGUGCUUGGGUUUGGUCCAUUACGACACCUCAGAACUGUAAAAUACAACUUGGCUGGGAAUGGAUCUCAGUACCCAGAGAAGCCAAUGAAGCAACUUGCUAAGAUAUUGGUAUCUCUUUUUCACAACACUAGGAGACCUCUUUUAAAUGAAGUGGAAACACUGGAUUCUUUCCAUAAAGGAACAUUGUGCCUGGAUGUAUUGCAAGUCAUACACUGGAGUUUCUGGCUUGGCUGGCAGCUAACCAUUUCUCUCUAAAUCUGUGCUCUGAAAAAGUCCUGACGACACUGGAACUUGUGAUUGACCGGUCAUUUUGAACAGCAAAUGCCAAUAGAAAAGCUACAGGAUUUACCUCUGGCUUUUUCCCCUCUAUUUUGCCAUAUAUUUACAUUCCAAGGGGAAGAAACCUCAAGAACUUUCUCAGGCUGGCUUGUAUUGCCCCCAAUGUGCCUUAUUUUUUCAGGGUUGGAUGACAAAUGCUUUUCAGAAAGCAUAGUAUGUUUUUAACCACUUCCUCUUAAACCAACUCAGAGCAAGCUUCUGGACUUUACCAUUGGAUUCUAACAACUAUGGUGUUUUGAUGCAGAUUGUGAAAGCCUUGAAAGCCCAAUACAUAGGGCAGAUCCAAAAGAGUGUGUGGCAAAGCCCAUGCUAAACAUCACCGUCUUGUGCCAAAGGCUCAGGAGAAGAGACCACCAGAAGAGGUCUACCUUAUGAUGACAAUAUCCAGACUGAAAAGAAUUUUGAUCCCCAAGGGGUCUAUGUCAGAAACAAACAGGAAUCCCUUUUCACUCCAGGCCUUUGGGUCUCUUUGAAAUUCUGAGGAUAUUGUGGGUAACUUACUGUUACAAGGUUUUAACUUGCUAAACCACUUUUUUUUUUAAUUGAGCUUCUUUAGUUAUUGAUUCACUAGCCUCUCAUAGGAAACCAAAAUGGGCUGGUGCUGAGCACCAGCCAGCACCCAGACUCUAAAUUGGGUUCUGGGACAAACCAGGACAGAUAUACCUGCACAACUAUUCAGCAUUUCAAGAUUUUACCCAGUAUUCGAAGAAGGGUGGCUAGUUGAGACUUCUUUUUAAGAGUAAAAACAGCUGCAUGGGUAGAAUAGGAAAUAUUAGCAAGCUGCUACCUUUUUCUAAUCCUGAAUCUGAUUUUAAAUUGACCAUAGAAAACCAAAAACCAAUAUGCUUUUGGGUGAUUCUUGUCUCCAAGCACAGAAGGAUUAACGUGGAAAGAACUCUGUUGAUGAUAGUUUAGGGUUUUUUUAAAAAAUGCAUUGUUAAAAAUUAUAUAAUGAUGCCUACAUUUCUGGAUGAAGCUGCCUAUUACUUGGUGCCCCAAGGUCAUUUCUAUUGUACAUAUGUGAUCUGGUUUGAAACUCACUGCUUCAUCUUGGUGACAGGAUAUGUUCAUGCCCCACUAGACUAUAGAAACUAAGACUCUUGGGGAGAAGGCAAAGUCAUGAAAGAUUCCUAAUUGUAUGCAUAUGAUCUCAGUGUCUGUUAGAGCUGCUCCUUGUGAUUCCAUAUGUUGAGCUCUUAGAAACAGUCAUCAAGAAAUGGGGCAACUAGGUUUAUAGCAUCACUGGAAGCAGUAGAUAUGGGCACUGGGGCCGCAAGCAGAAAUAAAUUAAACUACCUUGAUAAGGUAGAUUUUUUAUUCUUUGUGUCAGGAGCGACUUGAGAAACUGCAAGUUGGUUCUGGUGUAAGAGAAUUGGUCGUCUGCAAGGACGUUACCCAGGGGACACCCAGGUGUUUUACCAUCCUGUAGGAGGCUUCUCUCAUGUCCCACUUGAGAAGCUGGAACUGACAGGUGGGAGCUCACCUUGCUCCCUGGAUUCCAACCACCGACCUUUCAGUCAGCAGUCCUGCCAGCACAAGGGUUUAACCCAUUGUGUAACCUGGGGCUCCGAUAAGGUUGAUAAUAGCCUCUGACUUGACUACUUUACAUGAAAAGAUGUGCAAGUACAAUUGCUAAUUGUCACCACUGUGUGGCACUCCUUACACAAGACAGAACCAUAUCAUCCCUUGGCAGAAUGAAAGUGACUUACGGCACAAUUUGAUGUGAUAACAGAGAUCCAUAAUUACCUUCCCCUUUUAACAGUUAUUUUGGCACUAUGUCAAAUAACAUAAAAUGUCAGACUGGAAUAUGUAAUUUGAUAGUGGCAUGCAGUUGUUGUGCUCUUAAAUCAGCUUUGACUGCUGAAAAGCCUUCUGAGAGACCUCUGAGACACCUGUUAUUAGAAGCCCUGCUCAGGUCUUGCAACCUCAAGGCUGUGGCUUUCUUGACUGAAACCAUCUACUGGUAGUAGUCUUUUCCUACUGCCUUCAGUUUUACUGAGAGUUGUUAUAGACAGCAACAGCAUGUAACAAGAGGUAAAAAGUGGAAGACAGUUAUUUCAGAAGCUAAUAACACUUUAGCCAAGGCAAUUUUCUCUCUAUUUAAUUGCAAAUCAGAGAAGAACAAAAUCAGUUCAGGUUGCAAUCCAUGCUGGUUUUUCUUUAACCUCUUGAAGCCAGUGGAACGUCCUUUGAGUGAAUGUGCACAAUUAAGCAUCUCUUAAGAAAGUUGGGCCAGAAAUGCAGAACAGAUUUGGGUGUUGCCUAUGAAACAGCUUAUUACUGGCCAUUUAGCUGAGCAGGUGGAAUUCUCCCUUCAACAUUUUUGAAUUGCUAAAUAAUCCUAGAUAUUUCUAGGUAGAAUUCAUUAUGCAAUGAGUCUGCCUUUUCCAUCCAGAAAUUACUUUCUGCAGUAAGAAAAAUAAAUUGAUUGAAUGUGGUUAAAAACGGUCAGAUUACAGGCAUUAGACAAUUAUGUUAGCAUGCCCUGUAAAAUUUCAUGGAAAUAGAAUGGAAACUAAGAGCAACUUUUGUCUAAACCUGUUCUUAAUUAUUCCCAUCCUCUUUCUCCCAAACGAACACGCACAGUCUAAAUUAGGAGAGAGAACUGCUAAUAGAAUAAGACAAACAUAUUAAUAGGGGGUCCAUUUAUUGCCUUUGUCAGUGAUCAACAUUCCUUUUCUUUUAAAAAAUGAUUGAAAAGCUUUUUCGGUCUUAUCUUCCUGCUGGGUAUUCUUGUGAUUGAGUGAGUUCCUUUAACCAUUAUCCCUCCCAACAUUUACCUACAAAUCUCUUGGGGCACCAGGUUUAUUUAUGGCAAGCUGCAUCCACUCUGUGAUAAUGAUACAUGGAGAAAGUCUUAUGACUACUUCCUGAUAGGCAUUUUUUCCAAUACUCUUUUUGUAUUUUUCCAAUACUCUUGUGUUGCUGCAUAGCUGCUUGUUUGUCAGAUCCGAUUUAUUGUGCAUGUCCCCUCAACCUGGAGCUAUUUUUCCUGCUACAGCUCUGCCCCCAAAUAUGCAUUUUCAAUUUAUAAUGAUCACCCAUGAAGAUUCAGUAACAAAAACCAGCAUGCAAGACAGGCAUUCUGUAAUCCUUUAAGUAGUGUUUCCCAUUUUCUGGUGAUGAUGCUGAGACUGGCUCUCAGCACUCUUUUUACCCCCACCCCCCACCCCAGCCUCUGCUUUUGGAGCAGCCACCAUUUGAGUGAUGGAUUCAUAUAUUACUCCAAGGUUGACAGCCGUGCCCACAUUUCUAUCUAAUGAAAGAUUCUAGUAUCGCACAGGAAGCUUUUGUGAAUAAGCUCUUUUCCACUGUCACCAAUCAGCCACUUUCAUUAUAAAGAAUUCCUCCUGCCUGUUCUGGAGCUUCUCAUAAUAACCCAAGAGAGAGAGAGAGAAAUCUACCGGUUUCCGCUCACUAAAAUAACACUUGUAGCAGCUCAUAACAGAGGUGGGAGGGUUGGUUAUUCCUCUUAACCAGCAGAGGCAUCUUCAGCAUUUUAGGGCCACCUUUGCUGCUCUCCUUCCCAGCAGCAGAGGAGACUAGAAACACUCCAUUGCUAUGAACUGCCAAGAAAACAUUGGUACAGAACUCCCAGUGAAUAAGUACCACUGAAUUAAAAACAAUCUGGUGAGGACAUUCACAUUUUGACCUGACUAUCCCCUUGCCUGCUCCCCGGUGCAUUAUAAAAACCAGCCAUCCAUUUCCUUUCCUGUUUGGAUUAGGGCGAAGGCAGCAAAAACAUAUUGACAUCUGAAGCACAUUAACCAAUCAUGUUUUUCUUCUCCCAGUCUAUUGGUGGGACCUGAGAGAAGGGCUGUACAUAUAGCAAAGAUUUUCACUGAUCAAUUCACAUCAGUGCUGUCUCAGAGAAUCCAAUAUGCAUAAUCCAUAACAGUAGUGUUCUUUACGUCAGUUCUUUAAAUGGUUUUAUUGGUUUAAAACACUGUAACUUGUAUAGCACCUUUUUGUAUCUCAAAGUGCUCCACAGUAUUAUGUUGUUUUUUUGGAGGGGGGAGGCUGCCAAAAUAGAGGUUUCAUACCUCAGCUAGACUGCCAUCUUCCUUCUCCCCCUCCACUUGUGCCAUUUACAUACUAUCCCAAAAUAGUAGACUGAAGGAUGAAUAACUGGGUCUCUUCUUCAGGCUAACAGAGGGAGGGGAACCUUCCUGCCUAGCAGGGAAUUCUCUUUCAAGUUGGAACAUGUGAUCUUAACACAUUUUGGAACAAGGAUGGAUAUGGAGCCAACUUUUGAAGUACAGCUCUUUUGAGGGGCCAGGAAUCAUUUCUCAAAUGAACAUCCACAAGCCUCCUUAUGUCUCUUAUUAAAGCUUAAAGCCUGUAAAUAAAUUUUGUUCCAUCACUGUGAGCCUUAAUAAAAAGCACUAAUUUGAUUUGUUUAUCACAGCUUUAAUCACUGUAUAUUGCCCAUAAUUUCAGAGUCAUAUCCUUAGUAAGUACCUAUUAAGUUUUAUUGUUAUUUUGUUUUAGUGGAGACUUUCCUCCCCACUACCCACCUGUCUUUCUGACUUGUAUUUAUAUUUUGAGUUCUGGAGACAUGACUCCUCUACUUGUUUUGCUUAUCUAGACUUUUAUUCAUAAGAAAUGUACCUAUAUAAAUAAAUAAGUAUACUACUUUGUAUCCUG